AUGCACGCCGGCCUUGACCAGGCUGGGAAGGGUCCAGAGAUGCACGCCGGCCUCGACCGGGCUGGAAGCGUCCGGAGAUGCACGCCGGCCUCAACGGGGCUGGAAGCGUCCGGAGAUGCACGCCAGCCUCGACCGGGCUGGGAAGUGUCCGGAGAUGCAUGCCAGCCUCGACCGGGCUGGGAAGUGUCCGGAGAUGCACGCCGGCCUCGACCGGGCUGGAAGCGUCCGGAGAUGCAUGCCAGCCUCGACCGGGCUGGGAAGUGUCCGGAGAUGCAUGCCAGCCUCGACCGGGCUGGGAAGUGUCCGGAGAUGCAUGCCAGCCUCGACCGGGCUGGAAGUGUGCGGAGAUGCACGCCGGCCUCGACCGGGCUGGGAAGUGUCCGGAGAUGCACGCCGGCCUCGACCGGGCUGGAAGCGUCCGGAGAUGCAUGCCAGCCUCGACCGGGCUGGGAAGUGUCCGGAGAUGCACGCCGGCCUCGACCGGGCUGGAAGCGUCCGGAGAUGCACGCCGGCCUCGACCGGGCUGGAAGCGUCCGGAGAUGCACGCUGGCCCUGACCGGGCUGGGAAGGGUCCCACCCGGGAACCGUCUGCCCAGAGUGAAGACAUUGGGCUUGGUCGCUUGCUUCCUCCUCUUCUGUCUGCAGGUAUUUAUCCUCUGGAUUAGCCCCAUCUCGGCUUCCAUCCAGGAUCAAUACUGUGAGAAUUUACCUCCGAGCAGUAACACCACCGGUCUCCAGUGCAACGCCUCCAUAGACCUGAUCGGUACAUGCUGGCCCCCGAGUGCUGUGGGGCAGCUGGUGGCCCGCCCUUGCCCCGAAUACUUACACGGAGUCCGAUACAACACCACAAACAACGGGUACAGAGAAUGCCUCAUGAACGGGAGCUGGGCAGCGCGCGCCAAUUAUUCCCAGUGCCAGGAGAUUCUCAACGAGGAGAGGAAGAGCAAGCUGCAUUACCACAUUGCCGUCAUCAUAAACUACCUGGGACACUGCGUCUCGUUCGGGGCCCUGCUCCUGGCCUUUGUCCUCUUCAUGCGCUUGAGGAGCAUCCGGUGCCUGCGGAACAUCAUUCACUGGAACCUGAUCACAGCCUUCAUCCUACGAAAUGCCACCUGGUUCGUGGUGCAGCUCACCAUGAACCCAGCCGUGCAUGAAAGCAACGUGGCCUGGUGCCGCCUAGUCACAGCCGCCUACAAUUACUUCCACGUCACCAACUUCUUCUGGAUGUUCGGCGAGGGCUGCUACCUCCACACGGCCAUUGUGCUCACCUACUCCACCGACAAGCUCCGCAAGUGGAUGUUCAUCUGCAUCGGCUGGUGUAUCCCUUUUCCGAUCAUUAUUGCCUGGGCCCUUGGAAAGCUGUACUAUGACAAUGAGAAAUGCUGGUUCGGGAAGCGAGCAGGAGUCUAUACCGAUUACAUCUACCAAGGCCCCAUGAUCCUGGUGCUCCUGAUCAACUUCAUCUUCUUAUUCAACAUCGUCCGAAUCCUCAUGACCAAGCUCCGAGCCUCGACCACCUCGGAGACCAUGCAGUACAGGAAAGCAGUGAAGGCCACGCUGGUCCUGCUGCCGCUGCUGGGCAUCACCUACAUGCUGUUCUUCGUGAAUCCGGGGGAAGACGAGAUCUCCCGGGUGGUUUUCAUCUACUUCAACUCCUUCCUGCAGUCUUUCCAGGGCUUCUUUGUCUCGGUCUUCUAUUGCUUCCUGAACAGCGAGGUCCGUUCCGCCGUGCGGAAGAGAUGGCACCGGUGGCAGGACAAGCACUCCAUCCGCGCCCGCGUGGCCAGAGCCAUGUCCAUCCCUACGUCGCCGACACGCGUCAGCUUCCACAGCAUCAAGCAGUCGACAGGUGUCUGA